AUGGGCCCCGACUUGACCCUACUACUCGUUAUUUUAGGCAUAGAUUACGGUCUACCACGAGGUUUUCAUGGAAUACCAGGUCAGUACUGUGCGGUACGGACGCCGACGUGUUGCGAGAAUCGCAACGAUGAAUGCACAGCGCCAAUCCUUGGCGAUCAUCUCUGCUACUGCGACAUGUUCUGCGAUCGAGGACCCGAUGGUGGAAACGACUGUUGUCCAGAUUUUGAAGCCACAUGUCGCGGUGCAGCGUAUCAGCAUGCGGAUUUGAAUGGACAAGAAUGCGUUUCCGAUGGAAUGCGCUACAAUGAAGGUGAAACCAUCGAACAGAACUGUCAAGCAUGCACCUGUAAGAGCGGUAUGUGGACAUGCGACGAGUCAACAUGCCUUAUCCAGGAAGACCUUUUGGAAAAAGUGCAACACGGUCGAUAUUCAUGGUCCGCUCGGAACUACUCGUUCUUCUGGGGACGAAGUCUUGAUGAGGGAAUCAAAUAUCGACUGGGGACGUUGUUCCCUGAGCAGUCCGUACAAAACAUGAACGAGAUUGUCAUCAAGCAACGCGAGCUGCCGCCACACUUCGAUGCGCGCGAGAAAUGGCCAGGACUAAUACACGAGGUUCGAGAUCAAGGCGAUUGCGGAAGCAGUUGGGCCGUGUCGACAACCACCAUCUCAUCUGACAGACUCGCCAUCAUCUCUGAUGGUCGCGUAAACGCAACGAUUUCACCGCAACAGCUGCUCUCGUGCAACCAACAUCGCCAACGGGGCUGCGAAGGUGGGUACCUGGACAGAGCCUGGUGGUACAUCAGGAAACUAGGCGUCGUCGACGAACAGUGCUAUCCAUACGAGUCAGGUGUCACUCGCGAACCAGGCGACUGCCGUAUCCCGAAGCGAAGUUAUACGAAUGGAAAUGGUUUGACCUGUCCUGCGGGUGCAUCGCUGGACAGUACCGCCUAUAAAAUGACGCCACCGUAUCGGGUAGCGAGCAGGGAAGAAGACAUCAUGACUGAAAUCAUCACGAACGGUCCUGUGCAGGCGACUUUUGUCGUCCACGAGGAUUUCUUCAUGUAUGCCGGAGGCGUCUAUAGGCAUACCGAACUAGCCGAAGAGAAAGGUGAUCGAUUCACCGGACAAGGCUAUCAUUCGGUUCGAAUUCUUGGAUGGGGCGUAGAUCACUCAACUGGACGAGAUAUUCCCUACUGGCUUGCGGCCAACUCUUGGGGACGACAAUGGGGCGAGGAUGGGCUGUUCAGAAUUCUCAGAGGUGACAACCACUGCGAGAUUGAAAGUUUCGUCAUAGGUGCCUGGGGUAAAGGCGCCAAACGACGACGACGUUUCAAGAUGCGUAAGAUGCGCAGGAGAUUCCGUAAAUUGUAG